UAUUGGUGUUGCUCUCAACUUGUAACUACAUUCGAUCGAUCAUUAACUUCGCUUUAACUGCCUGUAACAGUGUUAGACAUUAAAUUUGGUAUACCUACUUAUGAACCAAAUUGUUGUUUACCGCUUAGUUAGAGUCUUAAAGAGGCAUCGAAGCAUGCUUUACUGCUUGGUUUCAUUCAACAGCAAGUUAUGUUUGAUUUGAAUUAUGUUGGAAUUGCAUAACGGAAUAAUGUUGUCCUUUUUGUUCAACAGGAUGUCGAAAAGAAAAUUAGUAGACUUUCGAGUACUUAUAUUUUUCUUUAAUAAAGGCUCUUUUGCCCGAAUGUUGAUGUUAUAUGUAUUUAUUGCCAUGUUUUGUCGUUAUAAUGGUAUUUUAUAUUGUAUGUUGACUGUUAAGUACUUGCUCCCUAUAUCGAGCUAAAUGCUCGCCGCCGUACGGAGUCGUUCCGGGAAGACGUGUGCAGCUUCCACAAGAUUAAAGUCGCUCGUCGACCUUGAUCGUCUUGCAAUGGACUUAUACACCGGUAUAAAGUUGACCCAAAUGAAAUCCCAGCGGAACAGCAGGCUGGGUCCACCCUGCCGCUCAUGGAGAUCCCGGGCAGGGACAUUGAGGCAGAUGAGGAUUACAACCCCUUCGAACACCGAAAACUCGCUCAUCCUACAUCGGACAUGGAUACAUUAAUCCAUUUGCUGAAAGGUUCUCUCGGUAGCGGGAUCCUGGCCAUGCCCGAGGCGUUCCACAAUGCCGGCCUGUACUUCGGGCUGAUAGCCACCUUCGCCAUCGGCGGCAUCUGCACCUACUGCGUGCACGUGCUCGUCAAAACGGCGCAUGAACUCUGCAGACGGAUACAGAAACCUUCGCUGGGUUUCGCAGAAACUGCUGAAGCGGCGUUCUUGGCUGGCCCACCGGCCGUCCAUAAGUUCUCAAGACUUGCUAAGGCUAUAGUAAACUGGUUCCUGGUGAUCGACUUACUUGGGUGUUGCUGCGUUUACAUUGUCUUCGUCUCGAAAAAUGUGAAGCAAGUUGUAGACUUCUACGCUGAGAGUAGCGAUUGGUUACCGCACGAUAUGGAUGUCAGAAUUUACAUGGCUAUACUUCUACCUCUAUUGAUCUUGAUGAAUCUGAUAAGGAAUCUGAAAUAUCUGGCGCCUUUCUCGAUGAUUGCCAACCUUCUCGUGGGUACUGGUAUGGGUAUCACCUUCUACUACUUGUUUCAAGAUGUUCCGAGCAUCAGUGAACGCAAGCCUUUUGCCGGCUGGGGACGCUUGCCUACCUUCUUCGGAACUGCCAUAUUCGCUCUUGAAGGUAUUGGCGUUGUGAUGCCUCUAGAAAACAACAUGAAGACCCCCACCCAUUUCAUCGGAUGCCCCGGAGUGCUCAAUUUCGGAAUGUUCUUCGUCGUAUCGUUGUAUGCUUUUACUGGAUUUUUCGGAUACCUGAAAUAUGGAGAUGAUACUAAGAGCAGUAUUACGCUGAAUUUGCCGCAAGACGAAGUAUUGGGACAGUGCGUGAAGCUGAUGAUCGCCGUAGCUAUUUUCUUCACAUACAGCCUCCAGUUCUACGUCCCCAUGGAGAUCAUCUGGAAGAACGUUCGGCACUGGUUCGGCGCCAAAAAGAACCUGGCUGAGUACAGUAUAAGGAUUGGCAUCAUCAUUUUGACCUUAUGUCUAGCUAUAGCUAUUCCAAAUUUGGGACCAUUCAUUUCUCUAGUAGGCGCUGUAUGCCUGUCAUUCCUCGGUUUAAUAUUCCCGGCCGUUAUCGAAACUGUUACCUUCUGGGACAGACCUAACGGCCUCGGUAGGUUCAACUGGGUGCUGUGGAAAAAUAUAUUCAUGGUAUCGUUUGGAAUUUUGGGCUUCCUAUCAGGUUCCUAUGUAAGCAUUGUGGCUAUAAUCAACGGGGAAGAGUAAAAACAGACUGCGUUGAUAUUGUUUUAAUGUUCUGUACCACACGGAGUAAAAACGUAAUAUUUCCGUUUUCUGUUAUCUGACUAUAAUUUUGGGAAAGUUGUAGAAUAUUGACGUUGAUUAUGUACCUACGUGUUUAGUUUAAUAAUAUCCCUUGAGGAGUUGGUCAGAUUGCUAAACCAUGUAAGAAAGUAGUAGGUACCUACUUAUAUCCGUGUAUCUAAUUUAACUAAUGAAAUGACACAAAUAUAAAUUGUUCUAAAUUACUUCGGGGUACCUAUUCUAAAAAUGACAUAAAUAUCGAUAUUCCUAUAAUUAAAGAAGGACUGAGAGUGAAAUCACGAACUAGGAUUAUGGUACUGAACACUUACUAUGCGGGUUUAUCCCACUCUUGAUUGUGUUAUACAUUAAGGCUCAAAUCUGAUUAUUUAGAGCUUAGAUAUAUUGUAACCUUUUGCUUAUAGUUCUUUGUAUUUUGAUUUUUAUAAUUUUUAUGUAAGUACGUAUAUAUUACGAUAUAGCUACUUUUUAGCUUUCCGUAAUGCUCAAAUGCUAUUGUUUGAGAUUAGUAUUAUAGUUACUUCACUUUUGAGUUUCUGAUAGGUUUAAAAUGUAUUUAAGUAGGCCUGGUUUAUGCAGGUUGUGUUGUCGUUUUUAUUCUAUUGGAAAUCCCCGCGACCUAUUUGAAAUAUCAUUGUUUAGCCCCGAAUCUCUGUAGCACUUUAGAGUAGGUAAGCAUUUAGUAGAUAAAUUAAUAAAUUUAUGAAUGUGAGAAUUUUUCUAGUGCAUUAUCGAAAUGUGAUACGUCUAGGUUAUUAUAAUAUGAUAGAAAGGCAUGAAUUGCGGUUUACCUAUAAGAAAUCAACUAUAAAAGAUUGUAGGUAGGUAUGUUUCGGACUAGACGUACGAAGGGCAACGUAGUAAACGAAAGAUACUUUACGAUAUAUUCUUUGUGUAGUCUCGACGAAUAUGAAAAUAAUUAUAAAAUAAACGAGGCAUGAGUAAUACAUACUAAUACAUAUCUCACGCACUUCACUUUUGGGGUAUUUCCGUGGGGUCGAGUGCUGAGCACUUCAUACCUCUAAUAAUUACCCCACGCCAAUCAAACGUCAAUUUAAAGUUGUUGCUUUUACGAUAAUUUGACGCAGUUGUUAUCUUCUUGGUAAAAGUACCUAUGUUCUGUACUAUGUAUAAGUACAGUAAAAUUGUUGACAGCGCCAGGAAGAACCUGGAUCGCACGAUGGACCCCAUCGUUAUUAGGACGCAGUGCAAAGUUGUACAGAAAUGUACUGGCAAAUUCAAACCAUUUUUAUGCCAAAUCUAUUUUUAGCUUCAAGUACUUUUUUCUUUUACUUAGUCAUCUGCCGUUCCUUGAGCAAAUGAAAUUAAUGCUCGUGGAACGGCAAAUGAUUGAUAUGUUAAUUUUGAUGUUUACUGAUUUAAGACAGUUGACUAUAAAUUCUACACAUAUAACAUCAAAGAACUUUGUUCUGCGCCUUAAUAAAUUAAAACAAUAUUUUAGAGCCAAUCGCCGUUUUUCAUAAAGCAUAUUUUGUGAUAUUCUAAAGGCAUUUCUGUACCAAAAACCUAAGUGUAUAAUUAUCUGCGUACCUAUAUAGUAUAGAUAUUCAUAUCAAGCUUGUUUGAACAUUUUAAAACUUUUAGGCAUUUAGUUAAGGUACAAUGAUAAGAUAAGAUUAUGUUUACAGUUGUCGAGUUCGUUUUGUCGUUGAUGUUAUAUUGUCAUUGAAGUGAAGGCGGACGUACCAACAUCAUUGGUCGUACCCCUCCAGUCUCUGCUACGGAAGCCGGCUUACCAUCUACAAAAUACCCACUAUUCUCACCUGCAAAAUAAUAUUUGUAACCGCCCUUGACCUUAAAAUAAAAAUUGAAUACAUUGGAUUUCAAAAGGGACAUUGCGGACAAUGUCUUAAUGAGCAUCUUGCGCUCUCGUUAUGAGACAAGUUUCUGUAAGAAUGGGUUUUACCCGUCCAGUUUUAAAAUCUAGAAGAUAGGUUGUAAUGAACGAUCUAUAUAUAAACCUCUCGUAAAUUCUCUCUGUAGUAACUAUACUGAAUUGGUGACGAUUCACACUUAUUAAUCGUAAAUUCACCUACUGUCCUUGUCAUACAAUAAAAACUUUGAUGAACUUGCUAUUAAGAGUUAAUGAAUGGUCCUAUUACUUCAUUCAAACUAGAUAAGUAAUUAUUUAUGUUCCUUAAUAAAUUUAGACUCAGCGUUAACGCAAUGCGAACAUUUUUAUUCGUUUAAUAUAAUACUGAAAAUUAUUGAAAAUGAUUAUUAUCGCAUCUAGGCCCUUUUGCCUAGUGUUAUGUGAGUCAUUUGUAGUUAGAUUAAAUAAGUUAUGAUACCUAAUAGUAGUAAACAGAUCUGACGAUAUACUUGGUGUGAUGCCGCUUCAUUUGCCCGUAUUAGCAAAAUCUAUUUGGUCAUUGUUCGUACAUACCACUUCUUAAUAACUCAAGUUGAUUAAUGUAAUAAAUUAUACUGAAUAAAUUUAUGUAACGCCGUUCAGAUAAAAUGUUUUUGAUACUUAAAUUUUACAUACAGUUAUAUCUACUAGGGCUGUAUGGUAUAAUGAGUAUACAACAGUAUAAUAUUUAAAGAUCAUUCCUAAGAAAGUAUAUUUUGGUAUGAAGUACGUAGUACCUAAGUACCAACCAACUUAUUCUAGAUAGUAGUGGUUGUUUUGUUACAGUAUUAAAAAUAAAUCAGUUUUAAGAUAA